GUGUAACAACUCAACCAACACAUUCACUUUCCCAUUUACAAUGGAUUACACACUUUCACCAUUUUUGUAUGCUGCUCCUCUUCUCUUAGCUUUCUACAUUAUCACCAAACAUUUUUUACGCAAAUUCCAUAAUCAUCCACCAGCUCCAUUUCUAACUUUCCCAAUUAUUGGCCAUCUUUAUCUCUUCAAAAAACCUCUUCAACGUUCCUUAGCAAAAAUCUCCGAUCGAUAUGGCCCUGUUCUUCUCCUCCAAUUCGGUUCCCGGAAAGUUCUUCUCGUUUCAUCGCCCGCCGGAGCGGAAGAGUGUUUCACGAAGAACGACGUCGUUUUCGCAAAUCGCCCUCAUUUGAUGGCCGGAAAACAUCUAGGUUAUAAUUUUACAUCGUUGGCUUGGAGUUCUUAUGGAGAUCAUUGGAGAAAUCUACGGAGAAUUACUUCCGUUGAGAUGUUUUCAACUCAUCGUCUUCAAAUGCUUCACGGAAUUCGUGUGGAUGAAGUGAAAUCUAUGGUUAAGAGGAUUAAUUCCUCUGCUAUGGCUGAAAAAUCUGUGGAUAUGAAAUCCAUGUUUUUUGAGCUGAUGUUGAAUGUAAUGAUGAGGACGAUUGCAGGAAAAAGGUACUACGGAGAGAAUGUGGAGGAUAUUGAAGAAGCUACAAGAUUCAGGGAAAUGGUAGAAGAGACUUUCAGGAUCGGUGGGGCGACGAAUGUCGGUGACUUUCUGCCGGCGUUGAAGCUGUUGGUGAGGAAAUUGGAGAAAAGUUUACUUGUGUUGCAACAGAAGAGAGAUGAGUUUAUGCAGGGACUGAUAAAAGGUUGCAGAAAGAGAAUGGAGAAAGACGGAACUGUUACUGAUUCGGAGAUUGAAGGGAAGAAGAAAUCGUUGAUUGAAGUGUUGUUAACACUGCAAGAAAAGGAACCGGAAUAUUACAAAGACGAAAUAAUCAGAAGCCUUAUGCUUGUACUAUUAGCAGCAGGUACUGAUACUUCAGUUGGGACAAUGGAAUGGGCUUUAUCACUUAUGUUAAACCAUCCUGAAACACUGAAGAAAGCACAAGCUGAAAUCGACGAACGUAUUGGCCAUGAACGUCUAAUCGACGAGUCAGACAUGAACAACCUACCUUACCUACGUUGCAUUGUAAACGAGACGUUCAGAAUGUACCCUGCAGGACCUCUGUUAGUCCCCCACGAGUCGUCUGAGGAGACCACUGUGGGAGGCUACCGUGUACCUAGAGGUACAAUGUUGCUUGUGAAUUUGUGGGCUAUACACAACGAUCCUAAGCUUUGGGAUGAACCAAGAAAGUUUAAACCAGAAAGAUUUGAAGGACUAGAAGGUGUUAGAGAUGGGUACAAAAUGAUGCCUUUUGGUUCUGGAAGAAGGAGUUGUCCUGGAGAAGGAUUGGCUGUUCGAAUGGUUGCAUUGUCAUUGGGAUGUAUUAUUCAGUGCUUUGAUUGGCAACGGAUUGGCGAUGAAUUGGUUGAUAUGACUGAAGGAACUGGACUCACCUUGCCUAAAGCUCAACCCUUGGUGGCUAAAUGUAGCCCACGACCUGUAAUGUCUAAUCUUCUCUCUCAGAUAUGAACACAAUUCGUCUCAAACCACAUGACCAAACUAGUAUAUUAUUCAUAUUGGUCAUCUAUGUUAUUGUAUUCUAAAAAUGAUAUUGAGCUAAAAUUCAGAGUGAGUAUUAUAUGCAUUUUCCAUUCUUAAAGAACAUUCAUUUCUUUGCUAGUACUAUUGGCACGUUCUUUGAUA